AUGCUGUUGGACCCCGAAGACAGCGACUCGAUCCCCUUUAAGAUUGGACAAACAUUCGUUCACUUCGAUAGUGACACAAUGACUACAAAACUCGAACAGCUGAAAGAAACUACGGAAAAUACGAUUAAGGAGCUCACGGCUCAAAAUGAAUCUUCUCAGAAGGAAAUGGAGACUUUGAAGAGGACACUGUACGCCAAAUUUGGCGAUCGUAUCAAUCUAGAGUCUGAAAAAGACUCAUAA